CUAAAUCCGCCCCUGAUCUCUUUCCUUCAAGUUCUUUUGACAGAAACACACAUCUUGACACCCACUGCCAUCUAUGAGCCAUUACACCUAUGAAAACAAGUGCACGCUGCACUCGUCGUACUAGUAUGCAAGCAGGUCCUAGGAUGAUUUUUGUCACGGUGUUUUCUCAGAAAUCCUGAUAUGGCAUCGUCAACCAAGUUAAGACAUAUACUCAUCACAGGACCACCAGGAGUAGGGAAGACUACUCUUGUUCGCAAGGUAUGUGACAGCCUAAAACAAUCUGGUGUGGCCUUACAAGGGUUUUACACAGAAGAAGUCAGAGCUGAAGGGAGAAGAAUCGGUUUUGAUGUGAUCACUCUACAUGGAAUCAGAGCACCUUUGUCUAGAGUAAAGGCUGACCAGCCUGGUGGUAAGAGGGAGCUAAGGGUCGGUCAGUAUGUGGUGGACAUUGCAUCAUUUGAACAGACAGCACUCACUGCUCUAAGGCUAAAGGAUACAGGGCAGUGUGUUAUGGUUAUUGAUGAAAUUGGAAAAAUGGAAAUGUUUAGUCAGCCAUUUAUUCAGUUGGUGAGAAGUUUAUUUAGUAAUCCUCAAGUCACAGUUUUUGCAACAAUUCCAAUAGCCAAAGGCAAACCAAUUCACCUAGUGGAAGAACUGAGAAAGAGACAUGAUGCCAAAUUAUUCGAGGUCUCAAAAUCCAACAGGGAUGUCUUAGAGGAAGAUAUCAAAUCUGCAGUCAAGGUGGCAUUAAGUUGUGAAUAAUCAUAGGUGGCAUGACAAAGUUCGACACAGACUCAACACAACUUUGUAGUGAAAACUAAAUUUCUGUGGGACAAGUUAUGUGACUUUCUUAGACUGAUCACACCCAUUAUAAGCAGUCUAUGUACCCUCUACCGUACUAAGCUCUUCUCUAUGCUAGCAGUUACAAAAUUGUAUGAAAGGGAAAUACAAAGGGUAUGUCUGUGAGAAACAUGGACCAUCUGAUCACCUCAAAGAGAACAGGGGUCUUUUGUACAAUUUCGUAACAGUUAAAGACCUCUGAGAGGGUAAUCUUCAACGCUCAGAUUUUUUGUUCUAUGCAGCUCACCAGACAGUGUCAUGCAGUAUUGCAGCAUGAGAAACCCUCCUACAAUAAAAAAUACAUACA